GGAUGUGACUCGCGCCUCAUCUGCCCAGAAGCGACGCUGUUUGCGUGUUCCGUUCUACCUUCGACAUGGAACCUGUUGGAAAUUAGCGUGAGCCUUCCCCUUCUUCUCAUCAGUAGAGGAUGAUUCACCGGCAGGUUCUGUUAUCCCAGAACCUGUACCAGAACCGGCUCUUGAGCCUGGCUGCCAUGGCCUCCCCAACCUGCAGUGACCAGUCCCGCCAGCGCUGCAAGGGCGCAGCACGUCACAGCUGUGGUCCAGACACAUACGCAGUCAACGGUUUGAACCAGGAACCCUUCAUGCUGGGGUUGCAGCGCUCCACCAGUGACACUGAUCUGGUCUCACCCGAGGCCCGCUCUACGCUCACUGUCAGCUCUGCCCACUACACAAUAGGCCAGUCUGAAGAUUUGGUGGUCACAUGGGACAUCAAGGAGGAAGUGGAUGCUGGAGACUGGAUUGGAAUGUAUCUUGUUGAUGAGACUCUUUCUGAGAACUUUCUCAACUACAAGAACCGAGGCAUCAGUGGAUCUCACAAGGGACAAAUAGUUUGGAAAAUCUAUUCCAGCUCCCACUUCAGAAGCUCUGAGACCCAAGUCUGCUUCAGAUACUACCACGGUGUCACCGGAGCUCUGAGGGCCACUACACCCAGUGUGACCAUCAAGAAGAACUUCCCACCCGUAUCGAAGCCAGUGGUUAGUCCUGAAGUGAACCACGGACUGGGAAACAGGAGACUCAUUAACUUUUCCCUGUCAGACAUCCAGGCCGUUGGGCUGAAGAAAGGGAUGUUCUUCAAUCCGGACCCAUACCUGAAACUCUCCAUCCAGCCUGGAAAACACAGCAUCUUCCCCUCACUGCCGCACCACGGCCAGGAGAAACGCUCCAAAGUAGUGUGCAACACAGUCAACCCCCAGUGGAGCUCAGAGAGGUUUAACUUCGUGUCUCUGCCCACGGAUGUCCUGGAGGUUGAAGUAAAGGACAAGUUUGCCAAGAGUCGGCCAAUCAUCAAGCGCUUCCUGGGGAAGCUGUCUGUUCCUGUCCAGAGGCUACUGGAAAAACAUGCCAUUGGAGAUCGCAUGGUGAGUUACUCCCUGGGUCGCAGGUUGCCAACAGAUCAUGUCUGCGGCCAGCUGCUGUUCCGCUUUGAGCUGACCUCCUCCGUUAACCCAGAUGAUGAGGAGUUUUCUCUUGUCAUGGAGCCAGCUUGCAAUGUGGUAGGAACUCCUGCAGAAGGGAACCUUGCAACUGGUGCAGCUGAUGACGAUACACUAAGUGUGGGCCCCGAUAUGCCUGAUCUCCCCCUGGAUGCUCCUUCUGAGACUGACACCUCGAUACCAGCCCAGACAAAUGAGGAAGUGCCUCCUGCUGAGCAGCAAGAAGACAGCAGAGCUGCACUGGCAGAACAAGGAAGAGUGGGGGAGGAGAGUACAGUGUGGGAUGAAGCCUCGACCUCACUUCCUGAUCUGGAGCAGGAGGAAGGGGGCUCGCCUGAGCAGCAGGAGGACACACAAGAAGAGGAGCAGGGAGGAGAACCUGUUCCACAAACGGAGGAGGAGAGCAAAGAGUCUGAGGGUGCAGCUCAGCCUGAGUCAGAAUCUGAGCAUCCUACAACAACAGUGACAAACGUAGGGGCUGCAGCUGCUGUAGAGGCUCCCUCUGAGGAGGGGACCACACAGCAGGAAGACUCUGCUCCAGGAGCCCAGCAGGAGGCCAUAGAGGAAGGAGAAACAAGCUGCAAACCUUGCUCCUGCCAGUCUCUCAUCUCAAACUGCAACACUCAAGCUCCCUCACGGCGUAAGACUAGACCCUGCUCCCUGCCGGUGUCUGAGCUGGAGACGGUGAUAGCCUCGGCCUGCGGGGAGCCGGAGACACCACGAUCCCAUUACAUCCGGAUUCAUCACCUUCUACACAGUCUCCCCUCAGCCAGACCUCCUAACCAGGAGGAGGAGGGGGAGGUAACUAACACCACUGUGGACUCGAACGCUACGUCCCCAACUCUGAAAAGCUCCAAAGAGGAGGAUGGGCUGGAGGAGGAGGAAGAAGAGGAUACAACACAGUCUCCAUCUCAGGUCCGAGAGUGCCCAGGCCCAUGCUGCCGGCGUUCUCUGCCCCGCAGCCUUUCAAUUGAGCGCCUGUCAGAGUUGAACCAGCUCCUGGAAGGUGAAGGAGGACAGGGGGAACAGGCAGUAGUGAGAAGGAUCUCUCCAUCCUGCCUACAUAGUGAAGAGGGGGAUUCCAAUCUUGGAGGAGGGCGCAGGUUAUGCGGCACCACUCACAGACCUCCGGGUGAAAACGAGUGUGAGUUCUGCGACACAUCCUGCUACAGCACCUCCUGCUACAGCACCUCCUGUUACAGUACGUCCUGCUAUAGCAACUCAGGCUAUGAAGGGAGGGGCCGCUUUUGUAGCCACAACCGCCUGUCUUCAGUGGAUAGCAACCGGCUUUCCGGCAGCACCGUCUUCUCUUCCCAGGAUGAAGAGGAAGAUGAGGAGAGCGCCUUUGAGUCUGUCCCCGACCCCGUCGAGCCUGAGGGCCAGGAUUCAGGUGGGGUAGGGGGAGAGAGGAGGAUGGGCAGAAAGGAGGCCAGAAGAGGGGAGCAGGGAGAGCCAGCGGUGGCCGGGCCCAGUGACAAAAACUGCAUCGGCUCAGACCUCUCCCCUCCUGUUGGUCAUCUUCCAGUACUGCGACCCAGCCAUGACCCAAACCAUUUUCCUGCUGCCACUGACCAAGCCUUACCUCCAAACUGGGAAGCUCGUGUUGAUAGCCAUGGCAGAGUGUUCUACGUGGAUCAUGUCAACAGGACCACAACUUGGCAGAGACCAGGCCAUGGUGGCAAGUGCAGCCACGGCAUCCCUCGCUCGGGUUCUACCCAGCAGAUGGAGCAGCUCAACCGGAGGUACCAGAACAUUGAGAGGACCAUGGCCACAGAGGAGGAUGGUGGGAGUCGGAGUUCAGACGGUGAAUCUGAGCCUGCUCAGACAGGCCCCUCCUCCCCGAUCAAUCACCAGAAUAUCACAUAUCUCCUUCAAUCGCCAGCUGUCAAGUUCACCACACACCCCGAAUUUUUCACUGUGUUACACAGCAACUAUGCAGCUUAUCGCAUGUUCACCAGCAGCAGCUGUGUGAAGCACAUGAUCCUGAAGGUGCGCCGUGAUGCCAGAAACUUUGAGCGCUAUCAGCAUAACAGGGACCUGGUGGUCUUCCUUAACAAGUUCGCAGACACACAGCUGGAGCUGCCAAGAGGCUGGGAAAUCAAGACAGACCCUCAAGGAAAGUCAUUCUUUGUGGAUCACAACAGCCGAGCCACAACCUUUAUCGACCCUCGGAUCCCAUUGCAGGACGGCCGACUGCCAGGCCACCUUGCUCACAGACAGCACCUGCAGAGACUCCGAAGCUACAGCGCUGGAGAGGCCUCUGAAGUGUCCAGGAGUCGUGGGGCUUCUCUGAUGGCCCGGCCCGGUAACAGCCUGAUAGCAGCCAUACGCAGCCACCAUCAAACUGACCCACAGCAGCUGACUCCUCUCUCUUACAAUGACAAGAUAGUGGCGUUCCUGCGACAGCCAAACAUAUUCGACAUGUUGCAGGAGCGACAGCCCAGUCUAAGCAGAAACCACACACUAAGAGAAAAGAUCCACUACAUCCGGACAGAAGGUACUCAGGGUGUGGAUAAGCUGUCAUGUGACGCAGACCUUGUUAUCCUGUUAAGUUUAUUUGAAGAGGAAAUCAUGUCGUACAUUCCCCCUCACCCCAUCCACUCCGGCUUCAGCUUUUCCCCACGCUGUUCACCCGCCUCCUCCCCACAGAACUCUCCGGGCCUGCAAAGAGCCAGGGCCCCAGCUCCUUACCGCAGAGACUUUGAAGCCAAACUGCGAAACUUCUACCGGAAGCUAGAGGCUAAAGGCUAUGGUCAGGGUCCGGGCAAGAUCAAGUUGCUGAUCCGGAGAGAACACCUGCUGGAGGGGACCUUUAACCAAGUGAUGGCGUAUUCUCGCAAAGAGCUGCAGAGGAACAAACUAUAUGUCACCUUCUUAGGGGAGGAGGGAUUAGAUUACAGUGGUCCGUCCAGGGAAUUUUUCUUCCUGCUGUCCCAGGAGCUCUUUAAUCCGUACUACGGCCUGUUCGAAUACUCAGCAAAUGACACGUACACCGUUCAGAUCAGCCCCAUGUCAGCUUUUGUUGAGAACCAUCUGGAAUGGUUCCGUUUCAGUGGCCGUAUUCUGGGCCUGGCUCUGAUCCAUCAGUACCUUCUGGAUGCUUUCUUCACCAGACCCUUCUACAAGGCUCUGCUCAGACUGCCCACAGACCUGUCUGAUCUGGAGUACCUGGAUGAGGAGUUCCACCAGUCUCUCCAGUGGAUGAAAGACAACGACAUCACUGACAUCUUGGACCUCACCUUUACUGUGAAUGAGGAAGUUUUUGGCCAGGUGACAGAGCGGGAACUGAAGUCAGGUGGCUCCCACCUUCAGGUGACGGAGAAGAACAAGAAGGAUUACAUUGAGCGAAUGGCAAAGUGGAGGGUGGAGAGGGGAGUGGUGCAGCAAACAGAAGCACUGGUUAGAGGCUUCUAUGAGGUGGUGGACUCUAGGCUCGUGUCAGUGUUUGAUGCACGGGAGCUGGAGCUGGUCAUCGCUGGGACAGUGGAGAUCGAUCUCAGUGACUGGAGGAGCAACACAGAGUACAGAGGAGGUUACCAUGACAGCCACAUAGUGAUGAGAUGGUUCUGGGCAGCUGUGGAGAGGUUCACCAAUGAGCAACGCCUCCGCCUGUUGCAGUUCGUCACAGGGACGUCCAGCGUGCCAUACGAAGGCUUUGCAACCUUGAGGGGAUCCAACGGCCUCCGGCGCUUCUGCAUUGAGAAGUGGGGCAAGGUCACAUCACUACCCAGGGGGAAGUUUGCUGUGGUUAGAAAGUGUAUGGAGAAAUCCACGGGCCACGAAUAUGCUGCGAAGUUUAUGAGAAAGAGACGGAAAGGACAAGACUGCCGGGUGGAAAUCAUUCAUGAGAUUGCAGUGCUCGAGCUGGCUACAGCCAGUCCCUGUGUGGUCAACCUCCACCAGGUCUACGAGAUGGCUUCAGAGAUGGUGCUUGUUCUGGAGUUUGCUGCUGGAGGAGAGAUCUUCAACCAGUGUGUGUCAGAUCGAGAUGACGAGGCCUUCAUGGAGGAGGAUGUGAAGAGGCUUAUGAGACAAAUCUUAGAGGGGGUCUCCUUCUUCCAUCAGAACAACAUUGUCCACCUUGACCUGAAACCUCAGAACAUCCUGCUGACCAGCAAUUCUCCCGUGGGCGAUAUAAAGAUUGUGGACUUUGGGCUUUCCAGGAGGGUCAGCACCCACCAUGAACUUAGGGAGAUCAUGGGAACCCCAGAGUAUGUUGCUCCUGAGAUUCUCAACUAUGAGCCUAUAAGCACUGCAACAGAUAUGUGGAGUAUUGGAGUUCUUGCCUACGUGAUGCUAACAGGGAUCUCUCCAUUCCUGGGCAACAACAAACAGGAGACGUUUCUUAACAUCUCUCAGCUGAAUGUAAGCUAUGGUGUGGAGGAGCUGCAGCAGUUGGACCAGGCCUCCCUGUCCUUCAUCCAAAUGCUGCUCCGCAAACAGCCACAAGAGCGGGCCACAGCGGAGCAGUGCCUUAAACACCCCUGGCUUCAAUGGACAGGGCCCCAGGGACUCCUAAUGGAGGAGGAAACGCUCCCAGUGCAGGACCCAGAGACAUCCAGCACCACCAGCAGUUCCACCUGUAGUCUGGCGCCUGCCAGUAGCACAAGCACAACUGAGGAAGAGGAGGAAGGAGAAGGGUCAGUGACAGAGGAGCUGAUCGUCAUGGCUGCCUACACCCUGGGUCAGUGCCAGUCAUCCAGCUCCACCUCUGAGGAAGCAGCGCUGGCUGCAGAGCAGAAGGCCAUCUCCAAACGCUUCAAGUUUGAGGAGCCCUUUAGCACCCUGCAGGAGGUCCCUGGAGAGUUCAUCUACUGACCCCCAGUCAGCACACCAUGUCAUUUCAGUAUCUUAAAAAAAACCUUCUUAUUUUACAAAUAUGUAUUUAACAUAUAAUCAGAUCCAUUUCCUCUUAUUUAAGCUGUUUGAUUUAAAGUGAUUUUUUUUAUGUUCCUUUCCUGAUGUUUUUUCUUCCCAUAAUGCAUGAAGGCUCAACUCGCCCCUGAAGGUGCAGGCUCACUGCACCUUCACUCUAAUGAUCUCAGAGCAUCUAGACAUGAAUGAAUCGCUGUGGUUGUGCAGCUCUGUCCUAGUUCUCUAUAAACAUGAAGCUGUAUGAGUCCCAGCUGUUAGCCUGUAGCUAACUCACCUAGCCACAGCUUUCACUACGAAGCUACCAACACACUGAUGUGUCCCAGAAAGGGCCAGCAGCAUUGUGUUUGUGUAGCAGAGAGCCAGCUUUAUGUCUUCAUUAUGAUCCCUCUGCAGAGUGGGAAGCCAGACCCAGUGCAGCUUCUACAGGAACUCAGGCAGCUAUCAGUAUUGUCUGCGCUUGUCUCUGUCCAUUUCUAUAAACGCUGUGAAAGCCAACAGGCGCCUAUUUGGUGCAUGGUUUUAUUUUUGCUGUUUGAAUUAGACACAAGACAAGACUCUUAAUUAAGUUAGAUGAAGUACAUUUCUGCUGAGCUGUUUGAGCUGAACCUUUGUGGUGCUUUCUUAUUGCAUUUACUUUUUACCUAGCAGUGGACCCUCAGCCAGUUAGUAUAUUCUAGAGUCUGUCUCUACAGAAACUCAGCAAGUUACAUGUUAAUGAAGGACUUUUUACGCCAAGCUUUCUGGAUUUCCCUGCGGCUGCCUGUGCUGCCUUUUCUCCUGAGACCAACCAUGUGUUAUUGGUAAUUUAUCCUGGAUUUGGUGCCAUGCUCAGAAACAUUUGUCAUUUUAGUUCUUGCUGUUUUUUCAGCUCUGUCUAUAGUGUCUGGAGUAUAUAAGAAAUGUCUGUUUUUCUCUCUGUUUACUAAAAUCUGUUACUAUGGGAACAUAUUUGUACCUGAAAUGUCUUGUGUUAUAAAUAAAUAAUUUUAAAUUGUCAA